AUGAACGUUGUACACGCGACCACUGUCAUGUCUGCUGGCGAAGGGAUUCCCACUGGUCAAGAUGACUUCGACUAUUUGGAAUUCGUCCAAAGUGAAGAGCAGAAAGCAAAGCGGCGUUUGGCAGCGCUUAGCUACCAAGUCGCACCUGAGGUUCAACAAUAUAAUUUCCCUUUCCCGAUUACAACAGCAGUGGAUGGAACAGUGACCCAGAAACAACGCUUGGUGGUCGGCGGAUUUAUUUUCAACAACCAGGGGAAAAUGCUAUUGCUUAGACGCGCUCCAAAUGAUUCGUUUGGUGGUAAAUGGGAUUACCCCGGUGGAUCUAUCGAAAAGACGGAUCUUUGCCUCUUGGAUGGCCUAUCUCGUGAGGUAAAAGAAGAGGCCGGUCUGAUUACGAAGGAUGUUUGUGUGUUGGUUGGCAAGCUGCGCUGGCAGAAGGAGGACAAGGAAUAUACGAAAUACAGUUUCAUAAUUAGAGUCGAGGGAACAGACAGUGUGAAGCUAUCCUCAGAACACGAUGAUUUCCAUUGGAUCACGUGGGAGGAAUUUCAGCAAAUCUCUGCAAGUACACCUACUGUAUUCUUACUUGGCAGAGGCUUGGCUAGGUAUAAGAGAGAUGGUGAUUCCAACCUGCUUCGGUUGACUUCGUUAGCACAGGCUGUAGCCAUGGAUGACAAUCAAAGAAAAUGCCUUGUAUCCUUGCCAUACGAUAUUAUGUUUCUCAUUUCCAUGAAAUUCAUGAAGAAAUACGCAUCUUAUUCUAAGGAAUCGUGGCUGGUCUAUGAGGGAAGGGUUAACUUCCUGCAGGCUAUUGCCCGUCUACUCGAUACGCGUGAUGCAAUCACCACCGCAACACCAUACUACUACAAAGAACUGUCGUAUGCUACGCAUUUUAUCUAUCAGAAGGGGGUCCUGUCUUAUGUUGUUGAAGACACAAUCCGCAUAUUGGAUGUUCAUGAAGCGCAAACCCAGGAACAAGUGGUUGAUGUCCGUCGAAUCUUGCGCCGAACAGUAGAAGGCUUCAGGACCUUUACGACGUCGCUUCUGUGUUAUUCAGACGAACUGCUGGCAUUCCUGGUGACACUUGACACCGAAUCAUACCUCAUUCUUCUCGAUAUAUCCCCCGAACAACCGUUGAAAGGCAGACUAAGGUUUAUGGACCGCUUGGAUUCUACAAAUCGACUAUUUGCACGUGUCAACCGCACCACUUUAUUCUACGGUGUAUACUCGCUCAUGAAUCCCAACGACGACGAGAGACACUGGGUCAUUAGUUGCGUCGAUCACACGACGCGCGAGAAAGUAACGGCACAUCGAAUUACGGUGUACAAUCUAGUAGAAAAAGAUCUGGGCUGCAACGUUUGUUUUGAAAUUUUUGGAGGCCAUCUUUAUGGGGUUUCUGUGUACGAUAACACGAUAAACGAUAGAUCUUAUUACCAAUGUGUCUGUAUUCCACCUGCAUGCACUUGGAGCAGCGUUCGCGCCAGCGAAAGGUGGAGGAGGGACUACUUGGAAGGUCCGACCCGCGAAGACUGGGCAUAUCUAUCUUUGCAAGUCGACGAUGCUACUGGCCGGCUUAUGAUUGUUGAAUGUCGCGUGGAGUAUCCGCAAUCCAAGUCAGCCUGGAAUCGUACUUGCUACAGUGAAUUCCUGCCACCCAGUUCCGAGCUGAUCUCUCUCCAGGGAGAUAGGCAUGUCUCUCCGUCUGAACCUGUUAUGCCAGAGGAUCUCAUACGACACAAAAGGCAUGGAAACGGACAAGGAACACGCUUCGGUCAGCUUUUGGCAGCUGCCUUUACCUCUUUGACCCCCAAGUACGAUUUUCCGGAGUCCAUCGCGGAAGCACAGAAACGGCUGAAAGCCAACCCCGUGCCAGCGUACGAACCGAGCAAGCCACGCACCUUUCAAUGCGUGAAGGAGAAUGGUAUCCACGGAAGACCGACUGGCCUGUGCAUAUUUAGUCCUUAG